AUGGCUAGCUCGUUUCUGUCGAUCUACUCCGACAGUUGGACUCUGUCUGAACGACCCGGGUCAAACCUGAUCCAGCUGGACGCUUUGAACGCCACCGGCAGUGACUCGGGUUCUAGCAGCGCGCGUGCUAGCAGCACCCAUGUGGGCGGGCCCACUAUAACGCCGCUGUUGCGCCCGCUGACAACGGAGCCGGAGCCGGAGUUCACCGAGCCCCUUUUAACCGACGGCGACCUAGCCGCCAUGUCCAUCGCGCAGCGCAGCUCCGAGACCUUGCGACGCGUAAGCGAGAGUAUGCGCCAUGAAAACGUUCCUGUGUCUCCGCAGCUCGUAAUGCAUCGCCAUGCAUGGGACGUGCAGCCGCGCGUCUCUGCGCAGACGCGGUUCCCUCUAGACCACGUGCCUAUAAAAUGCAACAUCCUGCAGACAUUACGCGACCUGCUGCGGGAGUAUCUGGCAGCUGCAGGCACGGAGUCGUCCACAACAACUGCGCUCGAGCAUGUCGCCAAGGUGCUGCACUAUCUAAGCAAGCUGAUCCAGGCUGCACAGCUGGAUGCGAGCGCCAUGCUGCGGCAUGGCUCCGCCGCUUCUGAGACGACACACCAGCGCGGCGGCUCUACGUCGUUUGAAGACGCGUCGUCGGUGGACGUGGAAGCGGCCUCAGGGUCGGUCUCCGGCGUCGGCUCCGGCCGGUCGCGGAUCUUUAGCCGGUUCUUUGCUCCGUCCAAAAGCCGUCGGGCGUCAACACCGUAUGGCCACGCACGUGCCGCGUCCGUGGCCACCAAGAGCACAAUCACGGUAGUCCCGGUCGGCACAAGCGGCGCCAGCACCAGUGUCAGCGCCAGUGUCAGCGCCAGUGCGGGAUCGGUCGUCCCGACCCAGCCCGUGUCUGGCUCGUCCCACAAGAUUCAAGACUAUACCAGCAUGCACACAUACCAGGAAAGCAUCGCAGCGCUGGGCGUGGUGCUACAGACGCUGCCUCAGACAGACCAAAACAACAUCAUAUUCCAUUUUGUCGACCAAAAAAUCAAUGCGUUCAUAAUAAAGGACUGUCGGGCGCUACUGCGUUUUUACGUAGAGGAAGAGAUCAUCUCGCGGCUGUAA